GCAAUGUCAACGCAGCAGUGUGCAUAUAGCGGCAGUUUUAGAUCUUGCGAAGCGACUUUGUAGUUGGUUUCACCGUCGGACACUUGGUAGCGCUUUUUCAGUGAGAAGUUACUGAUGGGAUCUUUAUGAUGACUUAACUGAAAAGUUUUCGUCGAGUUUUGCGUUAAGAGCUAUUAAAACUCCUUUUAUGAUGGGAAAUAAUUUGCCAUAAAUUGUAACUAUAUCUAAAUAUUGGAGAUAAUUGGUUUCAUCUAUGGUUCCGUGGGAGGCAAAUUUGUGAGGAAAAAAAACUUUUAUCACGAUGCGUUUAACUACUAACAAAGGAUAAUUUGUGAACGUUGGAGAAUUUGAUACAACAAAUUAUUUCACUGACAUGAAUUCUAAGAAGAAAAAGGUUAAAACAUGUUUGUUUCGAUUUCUUUUAAUUUUUACGAUUCCUGUGAAAGUCAAAUCUCACGAGGAUUUAGAACCAGAAUUUACAGAAUCAAUUCCAAAUGUAACUGUUGCAACAGGACAAGAAGCUAUCCUCAGUUGUGCUGUAGAUAACCUUGGGUCUUAUCGAGUGGCGUGGCUGAGAUUAGAAACACAGAGUUUAUUAACAAUACAGAAGCAUUUAGUUGUCAAAAAUUCAAGGUUGGUUGUAAAUAAUCCUGAUUACCGACAUUGGAAUUUGCAUAUUAAUGACGUACAAGAAGGUGACAGAGGUGGAUACAUGUGUCAAGUCAAUACUGUACCAAUGAAGGGUCUUGUUGGUUUCCUCGACGUUGUUGUUCCUCCAUCGUUCGUGGAUUCAGAAACGAGCUCUGAGGUUCUCGCGAGAGAAGGGACAAAUGUGACUCUUUCAUGUCGAGUGAGGGGUCACCCACCACCAACAACGACGUGGCGAAGAGAAGACGGACAAAUUCUUAUGUCAAACAUCUGCUCGUAUCGAAUGGAAGGCAGGUGUGAAAAUGAUAUCCUUUAUGAAGGAUCUGACAUGCCAAUUGUUAAAGUCAGUCGACUAAAUAUGGGGACGUAUUUAUGUAUAGCAAAUAAUGGAAUACCGCCAACAGCUGUAAGAAAAGCAGUUUUACAUGUACAUUUUCCUCCAAUGAUUUCAAUUCCAAAUCAACUCAUUGGGGCUUCGAUUGGGGAAGAUGCCACGUUGGAUUGCAACACGGAAGCAUAUCCAAUGUCCAUCAACUAUUGGACCAAAGAGAAUAGCGUCAUGAUAGUCUCAAAUAGCAAAUAUAUAACCAGUAUACAGGACAAUACUUAUAAAGUGCAUAUGAAAUUGACUAUUGUUAGUGUACGGCAGGGUGAUUAUGGGAUAUACAAGUGCUCAGCCAGGAAUUCACUGGGCACAACAGAUGGAACCAUUAGGUUAUAUCAAAUACAUGACUCGAAGCAUUUCAUCAAUACACCAACUACGCCAGAAACAGAAGUAGUCAAAGGUAAAGGUCCACCAAUGCAGGAUGACUCAUUAACAAAGGAACUUAAUGGGGACGUUGAGCCUCCAAUUCAACGUCCAAGUGUUUCAGAAGGUGCUUCAAGUUCCACUAAACUUCUAUCCAACAAACAAAUAUUUAUGCAUCAGGGUUUGGUAAUUUGCUUACAUCUUCUGUGGAGUUUCAGAUUUAAGUGAAAGUGGAACUAAAGAAUAGAAAUUAUGAAAAUAACAGCUAUCUAUUCCUUUAACAUUUUUAUAUGGGAAUAAUAAUUGGUGCAAAAUUGCUUAACGUGUAAGCACCUAUGAGACAUGGAGUACUAUAUGAAUUUUACCUAGAGGUGAAUUCAUAAUCGCACAGGCCUAUUUUGUCUCUUUACACGUUAUAUGUCCUUUUCAUAAAAAAAGCACAGUAAUGAAAAGUUAUGAAUUGUUUAUAAAUGUGAAUAAAAGAUUUAUAUUGUGUAGAGAGAAAGAAAAUAAUUUUGAUGAUACUUCAAAAGAUGAAAGUUUCAAGCAAUAUCAGUUAUAAAUUUUUGAAAGAUACAUGUUUAUAAAGAAGUUAUAAGUAUGUUAUUCUUCAAACUUGUUGACAGAUGGUUUAUAAAUGUGGCAAAUUUUAGAGUGAGCUAAGGAAUAUACAUUCGAACGUAAAGAAUGAAUAGAAGAAACAAACUUGCUGUUCGUUUAUUCGGGUUAUAAAAUGUUCAAAACAUUAUAAAAUUCUAAGCUCAACUACCAGAUGAACUGUGUUGGAGCAUUUUGAAUAUCAAAAUUAUUUUGUGAAAAUUUUUUAAAUUGAUGUUUAUUAAUUUAUUUUUAAAUUUCUUAAAAAAUAAGUAACUCAAUUUAAGCGUAUAGCAACAACAUAGAACAAAGUUAAAAGAGGGAUUAAUAUUAACACCAUUUGGUUUUGAAGAUACUGCGGUUUCUCAGUAAAUAAUAUAACUGUUAAAAUUUAGAAGAAAUUUUGUUUUGGUGUAACUGAGAGUAAUAAUUAUUUUUUAAAUUAUUUAAUGUUAAGAUUGUGCUACGAGGUACUAAGUUAAGUCGAGAUACUUUGAGUGUUUAUAUGAUAUAUUGUGAUUUAUUUUCAUCAGCAUUUUCUGUACUCGAUCUAAAUGUGAGAUAAUAAUGAGGAUAGUUUUUUUAUUGUGUUGAAAUAAUUCAAAAUAAUAGUUUCCUAUAAUUAAAUCACAAUUGAGUGUUGAAAUGAGCAUAACAAUGGAAUUCCAGAAAGUAGUUAAGUUCUAAACAAAUCAUACUUUAUUUCAUUACUAUGAUACACUGUUAGAAAUUUCUCAGAGAAAAGUGGUUUAACAACACUUUAUUUAGUUUUUAUUUUACUAUAUUCAAACUAAAUAGUCAAAUAAUCAUAAAUAAGGAAGUGUUCAAAUUAUGAAAAAAAUACCGUUUAUUACCUGUUUUCAGCUAAUACGAUUAAACAAUCAGAAUUUUAUAGCACUAACAUAGCCCUCUUAAUGAUGCCAGUUAGUUCCUUUCAGCUGGGUACAAUUUAUAGCAGACAGGGCAAAUUUGUCUAUUUCACAACCGUCAGAAAGUGCGAUUGAGUCCCAGUUUUGGUAUCACAUUAUAUUCAAAACAUGAAGAUUUUCCAGGGCCCUGCAUUUCCCAAUUUUUGACUCUGGACUUUCAGAAUGAAAUACUCUCAUCCACGCAAAUAUGCCAGUAACAUGAAUACGUUUAACAUGAUCUUUCUAGUAUUUCCCAUCUCUUACGUUGAGUGAAACAACCAGAUAAAAUAAUUAAACCACAUUCUGCGGUUCAUUUGAUAAAAAAAAACUUUUGUACCACAGCCUAACUAACCUAGUCCUUUUACCAAUGAGUUUUAAAUCCUAGUCCCAAUAUACUGAUAAAAUUCUUUUUUUACGACUUUAAACCAUGCAAGUUGUAAAUGGUUAAAAAAAAACAUGUAGUUUUGAAUUCAUGGUUUUGUAACCAUACUUGUUGUAAACGGUUUCAAAACUGUAAAUGUUCUUUACUGUAAUUUUUACCAUUAUUUAUGGGCUAACUACUACCGUUUAUUUUACUGUUAUUUUAGAACGAAAAUUCUAACACUGUACUUUUCAAAAAUUAAUUCAUAAAAGUGAAUAAUAAAAGUUAAAUUUAAUUGAAAUUGAAGAAAAAUAAAUUUUUUAAAGGCCAAAUUAAUAAAAAGAAAUUUUAUGAAAGUAAUAUUUGAAGUUUUGAUUUAUUAUAACUAAUUUUUUAAGGUCUGAGAAUACUAUAAAAUCAUAUUAUAGUGUUCAAUCCAUAAAUAGAAUCAUUUUGAUGACUUAUUUGAAAUGUCUUCCCAUCAGCGAAAUUAACAUCAUUAGUAGUCUUCAUUAUUGACAAAUUAACAAAUGAAUAUUGUUAUACAAUAUCUAAAUGUCUAAAUAACAAAUGUUAAUUUAAAUAACAUUAUAUUCUGUUCUAUGGAAAGUGGCAUUCAUUAUCAUAUUAUUUUUAUAAUCACAGUUUUAAAAAAAAAUUGUGGAUUUAAUCUAUAAAAAUAUCUAAAGAAAAAAACUUCUCAAAAUAAAUUUAAAUUUUUUAAGUAUAAAAUAUUUACCCUCGCAAUACUUGAAUCAGAAUAUUACAUUAAGGUUAAUAGCUAACAUUUGAUAAUACUAAAACCGUGUUUUGAUCAUUUUAACGAGAAUAAAAUGAAACGAUAAAAUAUUGAUUAUUUCUAACAAUCAUCAUGAGAUUUUAAGAGUUGUAACACAAACCAACAAAACACCACCUGCAAAACUUUAAAUACAUGUUAGAGGGAAAAACCAGAAGAUCGAGUAACCGAAAAAGUUAGGCCCUGCUAGGCUGUAUUAUAUCUUUGCAAAAGACAGAAAGUAAAGAAUGAGAAAGAUUUAUUGUAUUUCUAAGUCGAAGAAAAUUGUCUUCUGUGUAGUUUUUAUCAGUAACUUAUCGUCCUUUGGUUUACUCAACAUUUUGUAAGAAUUUAAGCAACACUAUUAACAAAAUUACAAAGUCUGUUAAAGUUUCCCGGGUUUACAGUUCAGUGUGCAUUUUUUUUAAUAUGAAUUCAACUCUUUUUGUGAACAAAUACUAGUUAAAGCAUAUAGCAUAAUACAUUAGAAAAUGGUCCAUAUUUAUUAAAUUUUUUUUUCUUCUCAGUCUAUACAGUUUCACAAAUGGGAUGUAUUCAUUGGCUUUGUUUCGACAUUUUCAGACCCAAUAUUACUCCUAUAUUUCAAGUACUGAUCUUAAACUGUUUCUGUAUAAUAUAAUUUCCUAUUUGAUCCGAUGACAAAGCGUUUCGUUGAUUUUUAUUACAUGCCAAUAAAAAUACACUGCUUAUAAAACUUCCUAUAUCAGAAGAUAAAUUAUAAUUUUUUCAUAAAAAUUAAUUCAUACAUUUCAUGAACUUUAUAGUGAUACGUCUUCCAUACUAAGUAACCACGAUUUUUGUGAUUUUUUAGAUCCUUAAAAAAGUCUGAAACAUUGCAAAAUAAAAAUUUGACGGGUUAUUAAAAACGUCGAGCUCUCCUUUUUCUCGUAAAACAUUUAUAAAAUAAUUGUUUGGUGUAAAUGUUAAUAUAAAAUUUAAUGAUAAAUAAAAAUAAUAUAUUAAUCUAACAUAGUGUUAUAUUAAUUUUAUAUUUAAUGAAAUUUAAAAUUCACCAAUUUUUGUAAUUAAAUUUUUUCAUGAAUUUUGGGCUAAAUAACUGCACAAUUCCUAUUCGUUACAUUAAUAAUUUGUUACUUUAUAUAACCAACUUUAUGCGAAAAAAAAUUUUUGUUAUAUAAAAAAAUAAUAAUUAAGUUAAAAUUGUAGCAUUAGAAAUUUUGAAAUGAUGGUCGCCAAAUGUUUUAUUUUUAUAUUUAUUGUGUGUAAUGAAAUUUGUGUAUAUAUGUAAGUGUUGUGUACAGAGUAUUAGAAAAAUAAACUGAUGACAAAAAUAAA